AUACAAACUAUCAAUUGUAACUUUUGCAAAAAAAAAAAAAACAAUUUUAAAGUUUUUGUAAAUUUCUAUUAAAACGACAUUCUUCUUCUAAAGCUCAACUUGCUUAUCCAUAAGUAUUGUUAUUAAUGACAAGAAAAGAAAGUAGCGUUUACGUUCUUGAUAUUUUAGCCGAUUUAACAUGUGGUUGGAUUUCCGGUUGUGGGGGCGUUUUGGUGAGUCAUCCAUUGGAUACAGUAAAGGCUCGACUACAAACUCAAGGAGUUAAUCCAAAUGGAAACAUAUAUGGUGGAACAUGGGAUUGUUUUACUAAAACUCUACGUCAAGAGAAGUUUUCUGGAUUGUUCAAAGGUAUGUCGUCACCUCUAAUUGGAACAGCAUUCUGGAAUGCUGUUGUGUUUAGUUCCUAUGGUUAUAGCAUUCGUUUUUUGGCUGGCGACAAUAUUGGUGAUCGUCAUUUGACAAAAAAUGUUUUUCUCGCAGGAAUGAUAACCGGGGCAAUACAGACAGUUGUCAUAUGUCCUCUGGAACUUACUAAAACUCGAUUACAAAUUCAAUCUUGUCCAAAAUCAACUUUAUAUAAUGGAUUGCAAGACUGCAUCAUAAAAAUAAUAAAAAAAGAUGGUUUAAAAGGAUUAUUUAAAGGAUUUUGGGCAACGUUUUAUCGUGACAUAAUCGGUUUUCCCGCGUAUUUUUGCUGCUUUGAAGGUUUUUGUUGUCUUAUUUCUAACGAAGGACACCCAUAUGAGGACCUUGGACCAUCACCACUUGCUUUAUCUGGCGGAUGUGCUGGUGCUUUUUCAUGGGCAGUAGUAUUUCCUAUUGAUGUUAUUAAAAGUAGAAUUCAAGCUGAUCACCGAAAUAAUUUUUCUGGAUUUUGGGAUUGUUUGCGCAAGUCAUAUAGCAACGAAGGUGGAAAAAUAUUUAUACAUGGAUUAUUUCCUACAGUAUUAAGAGGAUUUCCUAUGAAUGCUGCUAUAUUUAGUAUAUAUACACUUUUGAUGCGAUCUUAUCGGAGUGUCGAAAGUAGUAACUUUUACGAAAAUAGAUAAAAAAUUUAUUUCAGGUUUAACUAUUAAUGCUUUAUUUUAAGAAUGUUUUUACCCAAAUUCAUUUUUAAAAUUAUAAUAAAUUAGAAAUAAGCUCUUGAAGACUUGAUAAUUUUGGAAACAUAUAAAAAUAUUUUGUUUUAAAGUUUUAUUUUUUUUUUGAAACAUUUUUAUAACCUAUAAAUAUUAUAAAUAACAUUUAAACAGGAAACAUUUCAUAAAUUUUCACAAAACUAACAAUUAAACAUAAUAGAUAAUAUGAUAGAUAACUUUUAAACAUGAUGGUGUUUCACAAAUUUUUCCUUAAAAAACUUUUUUAAUUUUCACAUAUUUAAUAGUAAAUGGUAUGUUUGUGAACUCGAAGUCAGAAAUGUUUUCACGGUCAACACUAAAGUCAGCACUGAAAACAACACUGAACUUUUGUCAACAAAAAGAAUCAAAUCAUUUAUGCUACAGUUAAUUUAGUAAUUGUUUGAGUACAAACUAAAAGCUUUCGUAACUUUUCACAAUAUCUAAUUACCAAAUUAAAAAAAUAAAAAUA